GUUGUUACUUUACGUUCGCAUAUUUACAUUACGGCGAAUUAGGGGAGAGGGAAGUUAUUGAUGAAGAGAAAUAGAAUCGAAGAAAAUUCGGUGAAACUAUUUCAAAAGGCGUAAAUAAUUUUCCACGCGCCUUGUACCCUAUAUUAUGUGUGAAAAAAAUUGUGUAAGGUCGUCGAGACCCUGGCGGGUGGAUCGCGUAUUAGACACAAUGAAUAAUAAGUAUGACUCGAGUAGAUAUCGCUAUUACACGAGUACACAUUUAAACUUGAAUAUCUGAGCACGCAUGGAUAGGGCAUUAGCGGCAGUACGAACGCGGUAUAGGGAUCAAAUAGUUCGUGGAUUCCGCAGAGUAUAGAAAUUUUUUUGUUCAAAAUUAUUCUCGAUUGUAUAAAUCAUUGGAUAUUAAUUAUGUUAAGAAAAGAGUUACUGUUAUUCGCCAUCUUAUUGAUUUCGUUAAUCCAUCGGACCGAUUGUCAAACUCUAACCAAUCGUAACCCAGCGCAGGCAGUUUCUCAUGAUACGACCAAUGCCGAGUACAACAGCGAUGCCGCGAACUUCCAGACCGGCGGGACACAAGGGGCUAAAGCGGUCAGGAAAGCUCGUGCGGUAGUAGGCAACGCAAUCGUUGAUCUCAUGCAAUUACCAUUUUCUUUACUCUCACGGCUGUUUGGACUGAUACGGUUACCUUUUUCUCUCAUAACGAAUAUUACUCCUCUUUAUACAAACCUCUUGGGCGGUUGGGUGUUCACUGUACCCGUAAAAUUGCUCGAAUUUAUCUUCUCGAAUCUGUGGAACAUGACGAAGAGAUUCGUUCUACCAACCCUCGACGACGUCUGCAUGAAAUUAACGAACACGGAUUCUAUAUCGGAUGACAUGAAGACGACCCUGAACUCGGCGCAUACAGCCUACACGUGGAUGAAACGCUUCGGGUUUUUGCGUCCCGUUUGAAAAUCUUACAAUAUUAUCCCGCGCUUUGAAACCCACGUAUUUAUAUGGAUAUGUAAAAGUGUAAAAAAAUUGUAUAUUCCUGCCACAAUAAGAAAUUCAUGUUAUCAGUUUAA